AUGUCCCUCCCUUUCAAGCUUAAACUCAUUAAAAAGAGAAUCAAAUGGUGGAAAAGGUACUGUUUUGGAUCCCUGUCCAAGCUUCUUUCAAACCUUAUGGCCCAAAUCCAUUCCCUCAAUAUCAGUAAAGAGGCCAGAAAUCUAUCCUCCCUUGAAUCUCAACUUAGAUCUGAUUUAAAGGACCAGGUCCUCUCUCUUGCUAAUGCUGAAGAGAUCAAAUGGAAGCAAAGGUCCCGAGUCCAGUGGCUGAAAGAAGGAGACAAUAAUUCAGCUUUCUUCCACAAAGUAGCAUCUUUCCACCACAGAAAAAAUUUCAUCCCUCAUCUCAUUAUCAAUGACUCCUUCAUCUCCUUAGACAGUGAUAUCACACAAUCUUUCCUAUCAUUCUUCUCCAACCUUUUCAGCAAACCUCAAGCCUCCAGUCUGAGACCCAACUGGAACAUCUUAUACCCUCAUGAGCAAAUAGAUCUAUCUUUCCUUGAUCAGCCUUUCUCCCCUCAGGAAAUUACUGAGGCUGUGUUCGGACUUCACCCAGAGAAAUCCCCAUGUCCCUGA